GAUUGUUGCUGGGUGAAGUCACCAUGGCCGGCCUGCACGAGCAGCGAUUCACGGAAGAGAAGCCUUUGCUUCGGGGGCAGGACACCGAGUUGGAGAAUUCGGACACCUUCUUGUCUGCCGUGGACACAGACUGGAAGGAGCAUGACAUUGAGACCCCCUAUGGGCUGCUGCACGUGGUCAUCCGGGGGUCUCCGAAAGGAAAUCGCCCGGCCCUCUUGACGUACCACGAUGUGGGACUCAACUGUAAGUGCACUGCUUUUUAUUCAUUCUGGGCAGGGAGGGCAAGGGAGAUCACCAAGCACUUUGUCGUCUGCCAUGUGGAUGCGCCAGGGCAGCAGGUGGGAGCGUCCCAGUUCCCUCAGGGGUACCAGUAUCCAUCCAUGGACCAGCUAGCUGCCAUGCUACCCAGUGUGGUCCAGCACUUUGGGUUCAAGUGUGUGAUUGGCAUCGGAGUGGGAGCAGGGGCUUAUGUGCUGGCCAAGUUUGCUCUGAUCUUCCCAGACCUGGUGGAAGGCCUUGUUCUGGUCAACGUGGACCCCAAUGGCAAAGGCUGGAUCGACUGGGCAGCCACCAAGCUCUCUGGCCUGACCAGCACGCUGCCUGACACGGUGCUGUCCCACCUGUUCAGCCAGGAGGAGCUGGUGAGCAACACGGAGCUGGUGCAAAGCUACCGCCAGCAGAUUGGGAGCCUGGUCAACCAGUCCAACCUGCAGCUCUUCUGGAACAUGUACAACAGCCGCAGAGACCUGGACAUCAAUCGACCUGGCAGCGUCCCCAACGCCAAAACCCUGCGCUGCCCCGUGAUGCUGGUGGUGGGCGACAACGCACCUGCCGAGGAUGGAGUGGUGGAAUGCAACUCCAAGUUGGAUCCGACCACCACCACUUUCCUGAAGAUGGCUGACUCUGGAGGGCUCCCCCAAGUCACACAGCCUGGAAAACUGACAGAAGCAUUCAAGUACUUCCUGCAAGGCAUGGGCUACAUUGCCUACCUGAAGGAUCGAAGGCUGAGCGGAGGAUCAGUGCCCUCGGCCAGUAUGACGCGCCUGGCUCGUUCCCGCACAGCCUCCCUCACCAGCGCCGGCUCGGUGGAUGGCAGCCGCCCCAGGGCCUGCACCCAUUCAGAAAGCAGCGAGGCCAUGGGGCAGGUCAACCACACCAUGGAGGUGUCCUGCUGAAGGUCUUCCUCGUCUUCCUCCUCCUCCUCCUCCUCCUCCUCCUCCUGCUUCUCCUCCUCGCCAACCCCUCCACUUGAGCGUCCACUCAUCUCGUCACUCUCCGGCUGACCCCCCCCUCCCAUCCUCUGCGGCUUCCUGUGGUUUUGCCUUUUUCGCUGUCUGUCUUCUUUUCCUUUUGCAUUAUGGGAUACAGAGUUUGGGAGGGGCGUGUGGGAGGGCAUCCCCCCCCAGGCCCCGUUUCUGAGCGAGAGCUCUGCUCCUCCACUUUCCCCCUCUCUCCCACACAAGGAGUACUUGGGUGGGUCUUGCAGGACAGCAUCGCCCCCGGCGGGAAAGAGCCUCUGCCAGCAGCCCGAGGCAAGGUGGGGUGGAGAAGGGGUUUGUGGGGCAAAGACCCCCCCCCACGGGGAGGAGGAGGACCCUCACAACUGAGCGGCAGGCAGCUUGGCCUCUCUUGGCCUCACGGGCUCAGUGUGGCUCUGGCGGGUGGAGGGUCCGUCCUGGUGGGGGUGGAGGAGCAGGAGGUGCCCGAAUGGGAGAAGGGGCCGCUUCAAGGCAGAGCCCCCCCCCAUGCUUUCUGACCCAAGAGGGAGGCUGGUCUCAGAGCGCAGCUCCGGCAGGCCACAAGGACUGGCACACACGUCCCCUUGCCACAGUCUUUGCCCAUCCCUGGCCAGAGCAAAGAGCAGGGCCAAACUGGACCCGGGUCAGAAGCGGGCGGCUGUAGUGUAAAUUGCACCCUGAAGGUGGGCGCAGGUCGGAGCCUGGGGAAGUUCCAGAGCGGAGCGACAGCCGGGGUUCCAGGAGAGAAAGGAAGGUCGGGUCAGGAUUGGUUCCAGGACUUGCUUUGGGGUCCGUAGCUGACCCUACUCAAGAGCCAGGGCUAUAGAAGGGGUCAUAUCAGGGGAGGUAGCCGCUGGCCACCUCAUAGUUCAGAUGAAGGACCGUCGGUGGCAGGAGCCCCAAAGGCAAGGAUAGGCUGAUGCCAGGGUGAGGAUGGCGGCGGAGCUGCAGAAAAGGGAGGCUGUGAUGAUGGUGUGUGUGUGGGGGCACGAAGCCUUCCCUAAGGCUGGGGACAGGCAGCCUGGGUGGGUCUGUUGCACCUCUUGCCGCUUCUCCCCCCCACC